GCGGCGGGGAGGGUGGGACAUCUCGCGGCCGCUCACGAUGGAGGAAGUGGAACAAGGCCUGUUGAUGCAGCCAUGGGCGUGGCUACAGCUUGCGGAGAAUUCAGUCUUGGCCAAGGCUUAUAUCACCAAGCACGGCUAUGCCUUGCUGGUGUCUGAUCUUCAACAAGUGUGGCACGAACAGGUGGAUGUUGGUGCAGUAAGCCAGCGAGCCAAGGAGCUGAACAAGCGCCUGACUGCACCCCCAGAAGCUUUUCUCUGUCAUUUGGAAGCUCUGCUUCGCCCCUUGUUGAAGAACGCGGCCCCCCCCAGUGAAGCUACCUUCUCCUGUGAGCGUGUGGCAGAGACAUUGACACUAAGAGUGCGGAGUCAGAUCUCUGGUCUCCCCUUCUAUUGGAAUUUUCACUGCAUCCUAGCUAGUCCUUCCCUGGUCUCUCAACACUUGAUCCGUCCCUUGAUGGGCAUGAGUCUGGCCCUGCAGUGCCAAGUGAGAGAACUGGCAACAUUGCUGCAUAUGAAAGACGCAGAGCUCCAGGACUACCGUGAGAGCGGGGCGACCCUGAGCCGAGAUCGAUUAAAGACAGAGCCGUUCGAAGACCAGUCCUUCUUGGAACAAUUCAUGGCGGAGAAACUACCAGAGGCAUGCAGUGUUGGCAAUGGAAGGCCUUUUGUCACAAACCUGCAGAGUCUGUAUGUGGCAGUCACCAAGCAAGAGAUCCAAAUGGAGCGGAAGCAUCAAGGCACUGGAGACCCUCACACCUCAAGCAGUACCUCCCCACAAGGAGCUGAUAGCCACCUUCCGAACCAUCCAGAAGAGCCAGUCUCAGCACCAUGCCUCUCGGUACCUGAGACAGAGACCACAGGUGCUUCAGGCUCAAUGCCAAGACCUCGGCUGUCAAAGGCCAAGAGGAAGAAGCCAACGGGGCUCUUCAAUUAACCUGACACUGUCUCAUUGCUGAGGAUGGACUUGGAGAAUGACUUCCUAGGAUCCCCUUGGAAGGAGCUUGUGUGGAAGUAGCAUCGCUGUGACAGAGGGCACCACUGUAGGGCAAGAUGACCAAGUUCCUGGUGGGGAGUCACCUAAGAGGGGACAGUUAGCCAAGGGAAUCCUGACUCCAGCUCCUUGCACACUGAAUGGAAGCCAGCCGGUUGGAAUCCCAUACCCUUCUCUGUCUUCAUGGAGAUUCUCUGGAUCCAGGAUCCUACCAUGGACUUGGAGUCUGUCAGCUAACUCUGUCAGCAACAAGGCACACACAAGCUCAGGAUACCUUGUCUACCUUCUCCCAGAGUUCCUAGCCAGUUCGAGGUGUUCCGCAGAGACCCAUUUCUUCUCCUUCUGGGAGGAAAUAAAACGUACUCACAACC